UCACACAAUACCGGCUACAGUGUAUCCCAUCCCACGGCUGCUACUUCUUCUUCGCCCCAAAGUCCGACACCAGUCACUGGAAGAAACACUUCUACGACCCGACCCACACAUCGAUCCAAAUAGACCCAGAUCAGAAUACCAUUUCCUCGAAGCGAACGCUGAUCCGGGUCUCCGCAGUACCCAGAUGAAGUUUUUCAGAAGAUGAAGAGGUUCAAGCAAAACCUUGAUGCUGAUGAUUUGUCGAAGCAUUUGGAUUUGGAUACCCGUAGUGCUCUGAGGGACCCGGAUAGGAAAUCUGCGUCGGGUUCGAUGAAGGUGAUGGGGAUCUUUGUGGCUGCCUUGAUUCUGUUUUCGGUUUUGUUCUCGGUGAAUGUGGUUCUCAGAGACCCGCCUUCGGAUGCUGUUUUCGAAACUUCAAAAGCUGCAGUUCUUGAAGUGGAACCCAGAAAAGGUUUAGAAGAUCAGUUUUCUCAGUCUGUUAAGGUGCCAGAGGAUAAAUUGCUUGGCGGCCUUCUCGCUGAUGGAUUUGAUGAAGGAUAUUGUGUCAGCAGGUACCAGUCAGCUUCAUAUCGUAAAGAACUGCCUUACAGACCUUCUUCUUACCUUAUAUCCAAGUUACGAAGCUAUGAAGCUCUGCAUAAACGUUGUGGACCUUACACCAAAGCCUAUAACAAAACCCUGGAACAACUCAAGUCUGGCCAUGGCACAAGCUCCUUGGAUUGUAACUAUGUGGUAUGGAUUUCCUUUAGUGGAUUAGGGAAUAGGAUACUGACCCUAGCUUCAGUGUUUCUUUACGCUCUCCUGACAAACCGGGUUCUACUAGUGGACCCUGGAGUUGACAUGGUUGACCUCUUCUGUGAACCAUUUCCAGAAGUCUCAUGGUUUCUUCCCACGGAUUUCCCCCUUAAGGACCAGUUCAACAGCUUGGAUCAGAAAUCUCCUCACUGUUAUGGGAAGAUGCUGAAGACUAGUAACUUUACAAAUUCAGAUGAUUCGGUGAGGCCAUCUUUUGUGUAUCUCCAUCUAGCUCAUGAUUACGAUGAUCAAGAUAAGCUUUUCUUCUGCAAUCAAGAUCAGGCUUUCCUUGAAAGGAUACCGUGGUUGAUCAUGAAAACAGAUAACUAUUUUGUCCCGUCUCUUUUCUUGAUCCCAUCUUUCGAGCAGGAACUACAUAAACUCUUCCCAAGGAAGGAAACAGCCUUCCAUUUUUUGGGUCGAUACCUGUUCCACCCCACAAAUGUCGUAUGGGGAUUGAUUACUAGAUACUAUCAAGCUUAUUUAGCAAAAGCAGAUGAAAGAAUAGGCAUCCAGAUCAGAGUCUUUGAUACUGGGAUUGGCCCCUUUGAACACGUGUUUGAUCAGAUCCUAUCCUGUGCAUUGAAGGAGAAGCUGCUACCUGAACUCAACCGGCAGGAUUUCAUCGUCAGUCCAUCGGGAAACCCAAAGUCUAAAGCUGUGAUGAUGACAUCUUUAAGCUCUGGUUACUCUGAGAAGCUAAGAGACAUGUACUGGGAGCAUCCUACUGUGACAGGGGAGGUGGUUGGCAUUUUCCAGCCGAGUCACGAGGAGUAUCAACAAACUGAGAAGCAUACGCACAACCGCAAGGCAUGGGCCGAAAUGUAUCUACUAAGCUUGACAGAUGUGUUGGUCACAAGCUCAUGGUCAACAUUUGGGUAUGUCGCGCAGAGUCUUGGGGGGCUGACACCGUGGAUACUCUACAAACCGGAGAACAGUACAGCACCCAAUCCUCCUUGUCGACGAGCAAUGUCAAUGGAGCCUUGCUUCCACGCACCUCCCUUCUACGAUUGCAAGGCCAAGACAGGAAUCGACACAGGUGCAUUGGUUCCUCAUGUGAGGCAUUGUGAGGAUAUGAGCUGGGGUCUUAAGCUGGUCGAUCGUUACGAUGAGUUCUAGGUUUGUAGCUUGUGAUAUAUGACCGUUGUUGUAACUGUUUGAUCAUGAAUAACAUUGAAUUUUUCAUAUACACGAACGUUAUUCCAUGUUAGCAAAAAUAAAAAAUCGUUGAGUUUGAUGGAA